CAGAUAGCACGGCCUGCAGCACAAGUCUAUCCGGGAAAUCGCUGACCCCCAGUGUGACCCUACAGGAUUUCAAACAUGGCGGAGCCCUCCGUUGGGAGUACGAGCCCAGGAGGUUCAGCAGAGGACCGUGAGUUUGAUCUUUCAGCAGAUAUGCUCGUCCACGACUUUGACGACGAACGCACCCUGGAAGAGGAGGAGAGGCUCGAGGGAGAGACCAACUUUAGCAAUGAGAUCGACGACCUUGCCCGGGAGGGAGAGAUGCCCAUUCAUGAGUUGUUGAGUAUGUACGGAUGUGGCGGCGGUUCACCAGACGAAGAGGAGUUGGAGGAUGAAGAAGAGGAGGAAGAGGACGACUUGGACAAUGAUGAAAGCAGUAGAAACACUGGCGAGCUGAAGAGAAUAAGGGUGAAGAUCUCGUCAGGAAUGGGGAACGAGAACCAGUUGUCCUGCGAGGGUCGCACGCGCUCCGUCAAAUCCCACGGCACGGCAGAGCUGAUACGCGGAUCACAGACGCUCAAGUACUUUGAAAAUAAGGAUGCAGAGGAAGAGUCAGAAGAAGAUGAAAAUUAUGUCCCUUCUGAGGAUUGGAAAAAGGAAAUCAUGGUUGGGUCCAUGUAUCAGGCUGAAACACCGCCUGGCCUUUGUAAAUAUAAAGACUAUGAGAAAGUAUAUGAAAACGAUGACCAGCUUUUAUGGGACCCCGAGUUCCUUCCCGAGGGCAAGGUUGUGGAGUUUUUAUCUCAGGCGUCAACACGAACAGGAGAGGAGAAAGGAGUGGAUGCCAUCCCCGAGGGAUCCCAUAUCAAAGACAAUGAGCAGGCACUUUAUGAGUUGGUCAGGUGUGAAUUUGACACCGAGGAAGCUUUAAGAAGACUGAAGUUUAAUGUGAAGGCAGCUAGAGAAGAGCUGUCUGUGUGGACAGAAGACGAAUGUAGAUAUUUUGAGCAAGGACUAAAAGGUUAUGGGAAAGACUUUCAUUCAAUACAAGCCAACAAGGUGAGAACUAGGUCAGUAGGAGAAUGUGUGGCCUUUUAUUACAUGUGGAAGAAGUCUGAGCGUUAUGAUUUCUUUGCACAGCAAAGCAGGCUGGGGAAAAGGAAAUACAGCCUUCACCCCGGGGUCACGGACUACAUGGACCGGCUGCUGGACGAGACGGAGAGCGCCACGUCCAGCAGGGGGGCCUCGCCCCCUCCCACCACCUCCAACAGCAGCACCAGCCACUCUGAGAGGGAGGACGGCAGUAGCAGCCACAAUGGUUUAGUGAGUCACAGCUCUUUAUCUUUCCUCCAACAGGUUUAGUGAGUCACAGCUCUU